GCGAAAGCGAGGGGAAUACAUUCCAAAUUCGUCAUUACUUACUUGCCUUCAGCAAACUUUUUUCUUAGGAAAUAACAUUCUCAAAAUGCGAGAUUUUCAGUUUGGUAAACGAGGCUUAUUUUUAUUUUCAUUUGGUAUACGCUGUUUACAUUGAUUAAAGCAGAUCUUGAGCUUGGUAUUUCAAAUUCUGAAGUUCCUUCUGAUAAUGUCAAAGACGAUUUUAAAAACUUUCAGUUCAGAAUUGAUUGCCAAUGGGUAAAUGCCGACGAAAAACGUCCAAAGUAUAAUUAUUUCGAUAGCUUUGACAAUGCAGCUGAAGAAAUUGCUGUCACUUACUUUCCAGCCGAAGAAUGGAAAGUAGCUCUUGGUGAUAGCGAAGCGAUGAAAGACCCUUUUUCCCAGAUUAUUAAGGAACGCGGAAAGUUUUCUAUAUCCCAAUACAUCCGCCCUGAUGAGAGAGAUACUUUGACUGGUCCAUUUCCUUCUAGCGGCGGUUCUGUCUAUACUUUCACCUUUGCAUCCAACUUUACCCACCCAAACCACCGCUAUAUAGAAUUUGAGGAAAAGGUCCCAAACACAUUUUGCUUUGCUUCAAGACCAGUCUCAAAGAAUGGAUCAAAUAAUUAUCUUGAUUCAAUUUGGAGCUAUAAACGUUUCAUUUCUAGUCUUGAUGAUGAUUCUGCUCCAAAAGAUGCUCCUUACUACAGCCCUUUAAUAUUUACCUUUGGAUUCCUUUUGCUCGCUAUUUACUGGAUUUAUGCGAUGGUUUCUCAGCGAUCAAAGGUUCUCCCAGCGCAAUAUGGACUUUUGCUACUCACCAUUAGCUCUGCUUUUGGAACUCCAUUUUUCUUUUGGUGGACAGGAUCUUGUAAUGACACAGAUUCAAGCCUUUGCACUCCUUCGAUAGUUGGAGAUGUCAAGGAGUCGUUUGAUAUAUUUAUUGAGCGUCUGGUACUAUAUUUUGUAGCUUUCGGUUUUGGAGUAUGGCGUCUAACUCGAGGCAAUUUAGUUUCGGGAGGUACGAUCUUGCUACUUAUCCCUGUAGUGUUCCGUACCGUCCUUAAAUUAAUCUAUUGGAAGUUUGGGAUAUUUGAAACAUCCUUUUAUUUGAUUGAUGAGUUUUUGAAUGACUCGAGCAACAAUUUAAUUUGGAUGUAUGCAAUUUAUUAUUUAUACCAAACAUAUACAUCUACAACUUACAUGAAAUCGAAGUACUCCAUAAGGUUGGUAAAACAAUCUCUUUUUUAUUGUGUCGGUAUGAUUACAUUGCGUCCUUUUGUAUCGGCAUAUUUAACUACAGUGACAUUGUGGACUCCCGUUUCUUUAACUCCAAACGUAGGUGACUUUAUACAUUGGAUAAUCCGUUAUGGAGCAGAAGUUAUGAUUCCUUGCUAUAUAUGGCGCCCUUCACAGAAUGAAUUGGUCUGUUACAAUGAGGAAGAAUAUACAGAGUCCAAAUGAACCAAGAUACGAAGUCUAAAUGCCUUAUUUUACCCAGCUACUAAGCGAUGAAUUGGAAAUUUCAUCUAUGAUUUUUUUAAUCGUGGCAGAUACCCAUAAUUUGAUGUUGUUAUUCAUGUAUUUUUUAUGUUUAAAUUUCAACUCAAAACAUACCCAACAGUUAUGAUUUACUAUUCAUCGAGAAUUCAUAGUAAGUAAAUUUAUAAUAAUUGAGCAAAGCCGUUUACAAACCUUUUCUCUGUGAACUAAGCCUUUGAGUCUCGUAAAAUCUAGUAGGAAUCGAUGAACGUUCUUAUGACUUGUCAAUAAAAAAGCGA